AUGUGCCAACUUUUGCGAAAUUUGUCGAACGUCGGCAAAAACGCUGGAAAUCGACAAAUCGCUGCCGCCGAACGUGAUGAUGUUGUUUCGCGAUCCGAAAGACUACGCCGCCGAGAUAUUUCGACGAAUGGAGCGUGUGAUGACGUUCCAGAAGACGCACAAAGAUCGGCCGCUCGAAACGAGCAAUGCAAAAAAAUCGGCAUCAAAGCGAAAAGUCUACACGAGCACGUCCGAAAAUUCGCAAAAGCCAACGAGGAAAGCGAGAUGAAGCUGAAAAAAUCGUUAGAGGAGCUGAAGAACUACGAAGAAUUGUAG